AUGGCUCAAGAAACAUCACCAUUAUUGAGCCAGGAUAGUCCAAAUUAUAGAUCAAAUGGCGACUCUAAUCGUGAAGAGACAAUUACCAUCAUUACUUCAAAUUCUUCAUCCUCCAGCAACUCAAAUACACCAACAUUACCCAGUUCGGAAGAUGAAACACUAAGGAAGAGACUGAAUAACGCAUCUUUAUAUACAAUUCUCUUUGGGCAAACUUUAAAUGCCUCUAUUUAUCCACAAAUUGGUACUGAAUUCAAAAGAUCAAACGAGAUUGUAUGGAUUGCAACCUCAUACAUGCUUAGCUACACUGCCCUUCAACCCUUAUAUGGCCGAAUCUCGGAUGUAUUUGGUCGAAAGUCUGCUGUAUUAUUUGCUAGUGUCGUAUUCUUCAUUGGAUCUCUUCUCUGCGGUACAGCGACAAGUCUUUGGUAUUUAGUUAUUGCUCGCGCUAUUGCUGGCAUCGGUGGCGGAGGCAUAAAUUGUAUGACUACUGUCAUCUGCGCGGACUUGGUUCCCUUGAGAGAAAGAGGAAAAUUCCAAGCAUAUGGUAAUAUCGCAUACGCUGUUGGAUCUGUCGUCGGAGCUCCGCUGGGUGGACUCCUUACUGACACCUUUGGAUGGCGCUUUUGUUUCUACAUCAAUUUACCUUUCCUCUUGGUUACCUUGUAUGUAUCAAGCAAUCUUUUGACAAACUAUAACUUGGACGAAAACCAACAAACAGAACGAUUCUCAGACAAGUUGAAAAAGAUUGAUUACCUUGGUGCUACUACCAUUGUUUUGGCAGUCAUUGCAUUUGUUAUUGCAACAUCUUUAGGUGGAAACAUCAGACCAUGGUCUGAUUCGUUGGUCGUUGGAUGUAUUAUUGCUUCCAUUAUCUUAUCCAUCCUCUUCUGUUUUAUCGAAGCCAAGGUUGCUCUCAAUCCUAUUAUGCCCUGGAAGAUCAUUUCCAGUCGUACACCUUUGGCAAGCUCCAUGACAAACUUUUGGACUCUCAUGUGUGGCAUGGCCAUGAUGUACCUUAACCCUUUAUACUUUCAAGCGAUUCUAGGCUAUAGUCCAUCUACCACCGGUUUAUUCUCUCUAUCAAGAGCAGCAGCAGCUCCCUUUGGUUCUGUUAUGGCCGGUGUUUAUAUGUCACGAACAGGCGAAUAUAAGAAACUUACCAUUGCUGCAGCUUGUUUACUGGUUAUCUCCAUGAUUGCUUAUAGUACAUGGUCGGCCAAUACCCCACGUAUCCUUUACAUCCUUUAUCCAAUCACAGAUGGCCUUGCCCUCGGUUCUAUACUCGUUUUGGUAUUGAUCGCAAUGCAUUCAUCCGUUGAAGCCACAGAAAUGGCAACCAUCACCUCCAUGUCGUACUUGUUCCGUUCAAUUGGUGGUGUCUUUGGUAUCUCUGCUACUUCUGCCAUUUUCCAAGGUGUAGUAAAAAAUAUCUUGGUUGAAAAGAUUCAUGGUCCAAAUGCUGAAAUGUAUAUUGAAAUUGCUCGUAAAUCCAUGACAGAAGUCCGUGACUUAUUGCCUGCUGAUAUCGUAACUAUUGUUAUUGAUUCCUAUCAAGUAGCAUACCGUUAUACAUGCUAUGCUUGUAUAUGUAUUGCCUUCCUUGCAUUAAUUAGCUCAUUGUUUAUUGAGCGUUACGACCUUGCAACAAAGGUUAAAAAAUAA